AAGAGGAAAACAAAAAGGGGUAAAGGAAAAAAUAAAACACAAAAAAGCUGUGCUCGUUCCACACUCUUCCCUCAGUGCUGUCUCGCCCCGUGUGGAGGCUUCAGACGUGUGAACACAUCCUGUUUACAUCUGCCACGGAGACAGAGAUGCUGAGGGGAGCGCACAGCUGAGGAGCAGUUGGAGGCAGCGCUGUGUGCAGGGAGAGCUGGCAACUGCCCCAGCAUGGAUGCACUGCCCAUCUACCACGGGGGCAUCACCCGCGAGGCUGGGGAGAAGCUGCUCUUGGCUGCGGGCACCGAUGGCAGCUACCUGCUGCGGGACAGCGAGAGCAUCCCGGGAGUCUACUGCCUCUGCGUGCUGCAUCAGGGUUAUGUUUAUACCUACAGAGUGUCCAAGACAGAAACUGGGUCCUGGAGUGCUGAGACAGCACCUGGAGUCCACCGGCGGCUCUUUCGGAAAGUGCACAACCUCAUUUCAGCCUUCCAGAAACCCAACCAAGGCAUCGUAACGCACCUGCAGCACCCGAUCAUCAACUGUGCGAAAGCCAAAUACCCCUCAGGGAGAAAUGAAGGCCACAACUUCCACCUGCAGCCGUCAUGAAGAUGUUUCCGCAGGUGUGACAUAACCAUAUCUCCCACUGUCUCUGGUCCAUGCUGUAGAACAGAACAAUUUAUGUGAUAGUUAAUACAACUCCAUGAGUUUUCUUGUAACAUUUGCAGAAAUGUGUAUUUCUGCAUUUCUGUAUUUCUGCUUGAAAUUUCAAUGCUUGAAUUUUUAGCUCAAAACUUCACCCAUUACUUAACUUUGGACCCUUCUUUGCUUUGUUCUAAUUGGUAUUUAUGCCGAAAUGGGCAAGUGCCUUUUUAUAGCUUUAAGAAAAUGACAUUAAGAUGUCUUUGCAUUGGGUGGGUUUUGUGUCUGUCAUUCAUACAGAUCCUAAAGAUAUUCUGGAGGCGGCAUCAUGAGGAUGCCACUAACCAGCUUCCCACUGGCCACCUCUGCCUGACUGUACAGAAUUUGUAGCUUGCACAGAAUGAUCAAAAAGCUUAAUCGCUGCACUGAGUAACUGAGGAAACCAGCAGAGAGCAUCAUUCUUUGCUUUUAGAUACUCUCCAUACUUGGAAAAAAAAGCAUCCCUGCAUACAAUUUUUAAAAAUAAAUUAUUUUUGCAUGA